AUGGCGCUGCACCCGUCGCAGAACGUGGCCAAGCUGAUAUUCGCCCCGACCGGUACGCCCAAGCCCUUCGAGCCGAGCGGCGCCACCGGCCAGGCAGCGCAAUUCCUCAAAGCUGAACUAAUCGGCGGUCUACGCCGCGCCCAUCUCAAUCCCGACGACCCGAUCGCCCAAUUCCACGACUGGUUCCGUCAAGCCUCGCAGCCCGAGUCUGGCGUCGGCCAUCCCGAAACCUGCACCUUCGCCACGGCCCAGCUCCCCUCCGGCCGCGUCUCGGCCCGCAUGGUGUACCUGAAGGAGCUCGACACCAAGGGCUUCGUCAUCUACAGCAACUGGGGCACGAGCGGCAAGGCUCGCGACUUGUUUGGCUCAGCCGACGGCAGCAGCGUGGGCAACCCGUGGGCGUCGCUUGUUUUUUGGUGGGAGCCGCUGGAGAGACAAGUGCGUGUGGAGGGUAAGGUGGAGAGGUUGACGGCGGAAGAGAGUCAGGCCUAUUUCUCCACGCGCGUGCGUGGUUCCCAGAUUGGGGCCUGGUCGAGUCGGCAGAGUGUGGUGUUGAAGCCGAACCCGGAGAUUUUGGGCGACGACGGACGCGCGCAGCUCGAGGCGUGGGUGAGGGAAACGGAGCAGAGGUUUGAGGGUACAGACGAUAUCCCUGUGCCUGACUUUUGGGGCGGCGUGCGCAUCGUGCCCGAGCGCUUUGAGUUCUGGCAGGGGCGGCAGAACCGUCUACACGACCGUUUCGUGUAUGAUCGCGUGCGUGGGGAGGACGGCGUGGAUCGUUGGACGCUGGAGAGGUUGAGUCCGUAG